AUGGUUAAGAAGAGAGCGUCCAACGGACGCAACAAGAAGGGCCGCGGCCACGUCAAGCCCAUCAGAUGCUCCAACUGCUCGCGAUGCACUCCCAAGGACAAGGCCAUCAAGAGAUUCACCAUCCGCAACAUGGUCGAGUCCGCCGCUAUCCGUGAUAUCUCAGAUGCCUCCGUCUUCACCGACUACGCCGUCCCCAAGAUGUACCUGAAGCUACAGUACUGCGUUUCGUGCGCCAUUCACGGCAAGAUCGUGCGCGUCCGUUCGCGCGUCGGCCGCCGCAACCGUGCCCCUCCCCCGAGAAUCCGGUUCAACAAGGAUGGCAAGAAGGUCAACCCCCAGCAGGCCGCGCAGGGUCCUAAAGUGGCAGGUGCUGCCUCCUAG